AUGAUCUCCCAGCACUGGGGUCUCGCGGUGACCGUGUGGCUGCUCACCGUCAUUCAGCAGAUUUUUCCUUUUAACUUGGACACGCAGGGCGUCAUCAAGAAACGCGGAGACGCAAAUUCAUUGUUUGGAUUUUCUAUGGCCAUGCACCAUCAGCUCCAGCCGUCCGACGAGCGUUUCUUGCUUAUCGGAGCCCCUCGUGCAAAAGCGUUGCCCAUUCAAAAAGCCAAUAUGUCUGGAGGUCUGUAUCGAUGUAAAUUCACCACAGGGUCUGAUGAUUGUGAACGCAUCGUCUUGGACGUAGAAGUUCGUCCAAAGGAGAGGGCAGGAAAAGACCACAGAGAAAACCAAUGGUUGGGUGUGCGUGUAAUAAGUCAGGGUCCAGGCGGAAAAGUAGUGACUUGCGCCCACAGGUAUCAAGACUGGAGUUUUAAUAAUCAGCUGGUAUUGGGCAGAUGUUUUGUCAUGGAACAAGACCUUAAGUUGGAGGCGGGUGGCGAGGACACAAGGAUAUUUUGUAAGAAUCGUCCAGCAGAGAAGCAUAUGUUUGGAUAUUGUCAACAGGGCCUCUCAGUAGCGUUUACCAGAGACAGCAAAUAUGUUGUUUUUGGAGCUCCAGGAGCAUACGAGUGGAAAGGCACUGUGCGGAUGGAGCCUGUUGAAGAUUUCUUAUUAGACACCUUUGAAACAGGAGAUCAGCGUCGAGAAGAACUUAUUCCUGUCGGCAUCAGCAGCUAUUUAGGCUAUGCUCUCGAUAGUGGGAUGAACAUUGUCAAGAAAGGAGAGCUGAAUGUAGUGGCUGGGGCUCCACGCUCAGGUCACAGUGGAGAGGUUGUGCUCCUGAGACCGGAUGAAAAAUCUGAGCCAAAAACCUUGAGAGCAGAACAUAUUCUUCAAGGUCCAGAAUUGGCCUCCUCCUUUGGCUAUGACCUCGCUGUGCUUGAUCUAAACUCAGAUGGGUGGGAUGACCUUGUUGUGGGUGCACCCCAGUUCUCCCUGCAGGACAUGGACAAAGAUGUGGGAGGGGCCGUGUUCGUUUACAUCAACCAAGGUGGAGCACGACGAUGGGACCGAAUCGAACCAGUGGCUCUCUAUGGGAAAAGAGACUCCAUGUUUGGAUUGGCAGUGGCACACACCGGAGACAUAAAUCAAGAUGGAUACCAAGAUUUUGCAGUGAGCUCUCCCUAUGAGGAUUCUGGAAAAGGUCGAGUGUAUGUGUAUCAUGGCUCACCUGCAGGCUUCCGUCAAAAACCACAGCAGGUUUUGCAAGCUGGGGACAAUGAUAUCAAAUUGUUUGGCUAUGCUUUGGCUAGCAAUAUGGAUGUGGACAACAAUGGCUAUCCAGACCUUGCUGUGGGUUCAGGUUCAGAUUCUGUGCUCAUUUACAGGUCUAAACCAGUGGUAAACAUUGAAAAGAGCUUAACUUUAACACCUGAUAGAAUUGAUUUGAAAAAGCAGGACUGCAAGGCCAAUCCAUGCUAUAUUACAGCACGCUCCUGUUUUUCUUACACUGCACAACCACCGACAUACAAUCCCAGAAUGAGGAUUGAGUACAGCCUAACUGCUGACGCAGUACGCAGAGAGAGGGGUCUUCCUCCACGAGUGGUCUUUGUAGAUCCUACACAGAGAUUACAUGAACUGCCCGGCCAGGGUCAGAAGCAGUGUGUCGAUACCAAGCUCAAACUGCAGGGAGAUAUCCAAGACAAGCUGACAAGCAUUUUCAUCGAUCUAUCAGUUUCUCUGCCAUCUGACACCCCUAAACAGACAUUUAGAAACCUUCCUGACUUACAACCUGUUCUCAACACUUUGCAAGGAAACACAACCAACGCAGAAUUUAUCUUUAUGAAUGCCGACUGUGGAAGUGACAAUAUCUGCCAAAGUAACCUACAGCUCCAGUACAUAUUCUGCACCAAAGACCUACACCAGGAUAAGUGCAACCCACUAAGCGGGGAUCCUCGCAUGCCUGUCAUCUCUCCCGGUGAUGAAAAUGUUGCCCUGGAGGUUACUGUAACCAACAAGGGUGGAGAAGAUGCACAUCAGAGUCAACUCUCUGUGAUGUUUCCAGAAUAUCUGCCCUUAUCAUCAAUUGUACCAAAGAGCAACAGUAAAACACAGGUGCAGUGUAGCGCCAAUGAAAACAGAACACUGGCUGAUUGCCAUCUUGGAAAUCCUUUCAAAAGAGACUCAAAUACUUCAUUCUAUCUGAUACUAAAAACUGACAGACUGUCAGACAGUGUGACGGGGGCUAAUGUGACAAUGUCUCUUAAAACAAUAAGCAAUCAGAACAUUCCACAAGUUGUUGCAGAGGCAAAAAUUCUCAUUGAAAUGCAUCUGGAAGUCUUUGGUCUUGCUAAACCUUCCCAGCUGUUUUUUGGAGGAGAUGUGAGAGAUGAGAAAACAAUUAAAAAAGAAGAUGAUAUUGGUUCAUUGGUCCUAUAUGAAUUCAGGAUUAGUAACACUGGCCGGCCGCUGAAGUCAUUCGAUGCUGUGCUAAACAUCCAGUGGCCAAAAGAAACCAAAAAGGGAAAACGGCUCCUGUACCUCGUGCAGGUCACUGGACGAGGAAAAAAGAUCAUUCAAUGCAAGCCUUCAGAAGCGAUCGACCCACUCAAAAUCACCAAGGCGUUACCCAGAGGAAGGCGUGAAGUGGGCCGUGAGUCAAAGCUAGAGCCUCUCAGCAAUGAUGGCGGAUUUCUGCCCUUUUUAGGAAAUUCAAGAAAGUACAAAAUCCUGACUUGUGCUGAUGAACUGGAAUGUGUGGUGAUACACUGCCCCCUUGAGGCAGUGGACAGUACUGCAGUUAUUGUUCUUCACUCUCGCUUAUGGAACAGCACUUUUCUGGAGGAGUAUAGCUCAUUAAACUACCUGGAUAUUGUACUGGACGCAUCACUGAGCCUUAAUGGAACUGUUGGGAAUAUUGGAAUCCGGCCAUCUGAGACUAAGGUGAGGCUAACUGUUUUUCCUGAGAAGAAACCAGCUUUGCUCAGCCGAGUCCCGUGGUGGGUUAUUUUUCUCAGUGUACUGACGGCACUCAUGUUAGCAGCCAUGCUGGGUUAUCUUUUGUGGAAGUUAUUCAAGGGUGAAUUGUGUGGUGGCAAGAAGAAUGUGUAAAAAGACAUCAACGCAGGAAAACAAU